AAUUAUAAAUAGAGAACCCUAACUCUCUUCUUGUUUCGUUGCUGACUCAUAAAAAAAAUCUCCCUAGUCCGAGAAAAUCUCCAAAUUCCCAAGUUUGUUUCUUUAUCUCACAAAUCCAUCAGUUUCCAACAAACCCCACAAAAGAUAAAAAUUAUUAUCUUUUCUCCUUUUGUUUCCCUUAUCUCGGUGAGAUCGAUCACACACACAGCAACAAACAUCUGAAAUCUGAGAUCUUUUCUUUGAACAUCAAUGGCGUCUUCGUCAAGCCUUGCUCGAUCGGGAAGCGUCCAUCUAGACGAGAAAUGGAAACUGUCGAAGAAAGACGGUGGCGCGUCGAGGAUCACGCGCUCUUCAUCGACGACUUCAUCAGCUUCCUUCAACGGCAAGAAACAGGGGAGAUGUGCUUUUACGAGGAAGUGUGCGAGAUUGGUUAAAGAACAGAGAGCUCGUUUCUACAUCAUGCGUCGUUGCGUCAUCAUGCGUCGUUGCGUCAUCAUGCUUAUUUGCUGGAGAGAUAAUUACUCCGAUUCUUAAAAAAAAAACACAAAACACACAUCUCUCUCUCUCUCUCUCUCUCUCUGUUUCUUUCUUCAUCAUGUCUCUGUUGUUUCUGUGGUUUGAAACCGAAGUAGAUAUAGAUAUACAUGUACAUAAAGGGUUCUAUGUUCUUCUUGGUUUCUGUACUUUUCUUUAGAUCAAUUUUUUUUUUUUUAGAUUUGUUAUGAAUAUUUCUGGUUUUAGAGAAGCUCUGUUUCAGUGUGAAGUUGUUUUCAAGAAGGCCAAAAAAAAAAAAGAACUGAAAAAUUGUGUAUAAUAAUAAUAAUAAGUUGAUGAUAUAAAAUAGUGAAUUAGAUUCGUCUU